AUGGCGGAGAGCAUUGUGAGUGAAGGGGGGAAGGGGAACCGCACCUGCCAGUUUCCCUGUGUCAUGUCCGGUGUUGGGGGGGGCCGCUGUCAACGCUCUGUCCCGGCUGGCCUGGAGCUCGGACUUGUUGAGGAUAGUCCCUGUAAAGGCCUCUGGCUCUCAUCCCUAACUCCGGAUGGAGUGAGGCGCAUUACGACAAGCAAACGUGAGACAGCGGCAACUUUUCUUAAAAAGGUAGCGAAAGAAUUUGGUUUUAGGAAUAAUGGAUUCUCGGUGUACCUGAACAGGAACCGGACAGACGAAAUAUCAUCUAGCCCGAGCAAGUCGCUUCACCUCCUGAAAAUCAAACAUGGGGACAUGCUGUUCCUCUUCCCGUCCAGCGCCGCCGGCACGUCUUCUGAGAUCAUGGAUACGUCCGCAUUGACUCAGGCUGCAAGACCGUCAAGUGCGCCUCAAGUGGUCGACGAUGAAAUCGAUCAAUACCUGAACAAGCAGGAAGGGAAAAUCUACCCAAACCAGGCCCUCCAGCUGUGUCGGCAUGGCCCUCUGGGGAAAUGUGUGCACUGCGUCCCAUUGGAGCCGUUCGAUGAGGAUUAUCUCAACCAUCUGGACCCCCCAGUCAAACAUAUGUCCUUCCAUGCUUACAUCAGGAAGCUGACCGGAGGUGCCGACAAAGGGAAAUUUGUGGCCUUGGAAAAUAUCAGCUGCAAGAUAAAGUCUGGUUGUGAAGGGCACCCACCGUGGCCAGAGGGCAUCUGUACCAAAUGCCAACCCAGUGCCAUCACACUCAACCGACAGAAAUACAGACACGUGGACAACAUUAUGUUUGAGAAUCACACCAUCGCCGACCGCUUCCUGGACUUCUGGCGCAAGACCGGCAACCAGCACAUCGGCUACUUGUAUGGGCGGUACACUGAACACAAGGACAUCCCUCUGGGUAUCCGGGCCGAGGUGGCUGCCAUCUACGAACCUCCACAGAUUGGAACGCAGAACAGCCUGGAACUGCUCGACGACCCCAAGGCCAAAGUGGUGGACGAGAUUGCGGCCAAACUUGGAUUAAGAAAGGUUGGCUGGAUAUUCACAGACCUGGUAUCGGAAGACACCAGGAAAGGCACGGUCCGCUACAGCAGGAACCAGGACUCUUAUUACCUAAGCGCGGAAGAGUGCAUCACCUCUGGCUUCCUUCAGAACAAGAACCCCAACACUUGUCGCCUCUCACCGGAUGGACAUUUCGGCUCCAAGUUUGUGAGCGUUGUGGCUACAGGCGGCCCUGAUAAUCAAGUGCACUUUGAGGGAUACCAGGUGUCCAAUCAGUGCAUGGCGCUUGUUCGGGACGAGUGCCUCCUGCCAUGCAGAGAUGCUCCGGAGCUGGGCUUUGCCAAAGAGUCGAGCAGCGAGCAGUAUGUCCCCGACGUCUUCUAUAAGGACAUUGACAAGUUUGGUAAUGAAAUUACCCAGUUAGCCCGGCCUCUGCCCGUAGAGUAUUUGAUCAUCGAUAUCACCACCACGUUCCCUAAAGAUCCGGUCUAUACCUUCUCCACCUCAUCCAACCUGUUCCCCAUUGAAAACAGAGAAGCCUUGGGUGAAACUCAGGACUUUCACAGCCUUGCCACCUACCUGUCCCAGAAUCCCUCCGCUGUUUUCCUGGACAUCAUCUCAGACUUCCACCUACUUCUCUUCUUGGUCACCAACGAGGUGAUGCCCCUACAGGACAGUAUUAGUUUGCUGCUGGAGGCGGUGAGGACCAGAAACGAGGAGCUGGCGCAGACAUGGAAGAAGUCCGAGCAAUGGGCCACCAUCGAGCAGCUGUGCAGCACAGUCGGAGCACAGCCGUCAGAGCUUCAAGAUUUCGGGGCUACUGGGGGAUCCGCAAACGCCGCCUCUUCCUCCUCCAUGUGGUCCUGUCUGCACUGCACCUUUAUGAACCAAGCCGGCACAGACCAUUGCGAGAUGUGCCAGCUUCCCCGAACCUAAUACGAGAUCGCUAACCGUCGGGGUCGGCCAGAUGGACCUCCUCCGAGGAGCCGUCCCUUUUACAAGUACAUUUCCAGCAGCAAGCCCCACUCUCCACUUACGUUGCCUGUAGGGCUGUGUGACGGAGGAGCCUUUGAUCGUGUCCACUCUUACGGGGGGGGGGAGGGGAGCCGAGGGUAGUUUGUAGACAACCAAAGCUUACGCGCGGCACGCCUGAU